AUGGAAUAUUUUACAGCUAAAAGAAUUUUUAUUUCAAGAAAUAUUUUUCUAACAAUAUUUUUAACAAUAUUAUAUCAACAAAUUAUUAUUGUAAAUGCUGCAUUAUGGUCAAAUUAUCCAACACAUGAAAAAUGUAGUAAUAAACCUAGUCUAAAAUAUUUGAGUGGAGAUGCUUUAACAGAUGAUAUUAAUUGUAUAGGACCGAAUAAUUCACCAUAUCCAAGUGCGGCAGUUGCAAGAAUGUUUUCAAAUUGGAAUGCUGGUGGAACAACAAGAAGAGGUAGACAAAGUCGAUUUCCAGCAACAUUAGAUCCAUCAGUUACACAAAGUGCUUUAUUAAGAGCAUAUAGUGAAGCAAAUGAAGAAGGUGAAUCACAUAGAAGAUAUGGUCGUUCUCUUAAUGGGGCAUCAACAUCAUCUUCAUCAUCACAAUCUUCUUCAACAUCAACGUCAUCAUCAUCAUCAUCAGGUCAAUGCGGUGGUACACCAGCUAGAUUAUGUAAAACACGUUAUAAUACAACAGCACCAAUGUAUGGUGUCAGUUUGACAUCUGGUCAACCAGUAACAAUUGUACAAAAAUUCCCAGAUUUAUUACAACAAGUCGUUUUUGAAGUAUGCGAGUCAUCAGAAUGUGAUGUUGUAAGAGGAGAAUGUACACAAACAUAUGUACCGUAUUUAUUUUUGGUUAUACCAUUGGGACCAGUCACAUUAACUGGACAAGAUUACGUUCUUGUUGAAAGCGGAUGUGUUUGUAAACCAAAAUAUUCUACGGGUGCACUUCAGGAACCAAACAUUAUUCCUUAGUUUAUAGUUUAAUUUCAAUUUUUUUUUUUAUAAUUACUUUAUUUUAUAUUAUUAUUUAUAAUUUCAAUUAUUUAUAUACAUUAUAUUAAUA